AAGACUAGAUAGCACGGCUUUGAACAGAUUAGGAAUAUUCAAACCAGGCCCUUUCUAUUCUCAAUAAAUUAGAAGCACUAAACCUCUUCUUCAUCAUCAUGGAUACUCUAGUUUUAGCUGUUGCAUUGGCUGUCGCCUCUGUUUUCAUCUUUGUUGCAUGCUGUGUUGCCACCCUCAUUGUGAUGUGCAUGAAGAGGAGCAAGUAUUUCAGAACCGAACCCGAGGAUUGCAAUGUCACGCUCUUUGGUCUGGAGAUCAAGCCUGCCAGAGACCUGUCUUUCCUAUAGACAUCCGGAUGUGCGGGCUUAGAGGUCAUUGGAAAAGGAGGCUGUGGUCAAGUGUUCAAAGCUCACCUCAAGUUCAGUGGAGGCCGGAAGCUCACCGUUGCUGUCAAGGAGAUAAUUUUACCGUCAUCCAUGCUGAUCGAGGAGCUAUGCCUAGGCAUGGAGCUAAGCCAAGAAAGAAGCAGUCAUGUGGAUGACAACAGAAUGCGCCAAGUUCGUGCAGAGAUCCGAACCGUGGGACGCAUCGGCCAUCGGAAUCUACUUCGGCUACUUGCCCAUGUCUCCAGUGGAGAUCACCAUUUCCUUGUAUCGGAAUUCAAGCCUAAAGGAUCACUGUAUGAUGUGCUCAAGAAAGGCCAACUUGACUGGCCUGCAAGGUACAAAAUUGCUCAUGGCAUUGCCUCUGGUCUUGAAUACUUGCACUUCAUACAUAAACCAUGUAUAAUUCAUAGAGACAUGAAACCGGAGAACAUACUUCUCGAUGAUGAUUUGAACCCUCGAAUCGCCGAUUUUGGGUUGGCAAAGGUGGAGGAUGGCAGUUUUGUGAGGACUAGAUUGGCUGGGACGUUGGGUUAUAUUGCUCCGGAGUACUACAAUGGCAUGGCAUGCACCCAUAAAUGUGAUGUUUUUAGUUUGGGUGUGAUCUUGGCAGUGCUGGUGACUGGGAAGUUUCGAGUGAUGGUAGGCUCUUAGAGGAGAUGGGCAUGGUGAAGUGGAUGAGGAGGGUGAUGAGCUCCGGCGAGGCCAAAGAGACCGUCAUCGAUGAGAAGAUGGCGGGGAAUGGGUAUGAAGAACAAAUGCUGCUGGUUUUGAAGAUUGCAUGUUUUUUUGUACGAAUGAUAAUCCUAGAGAUAGGCCGCGCAGCAAAGAUGUUAGAUGCAUGAUU